AUGACAGACGUGGAGUCGAAAGCAGCACCGGCGCAGUACAAGCAGCCUAGUCGUAAAGGAAAGAAGGCCUGGCGCAAGAAUGUGGAUGUUACGCAAAUAUCUUCAGGCCUCGACGAAGUGCGGGACCAGAUAAUUCAAGGUGGUAUUAUCGCGGAAAAGCCCUCGGAUGAGCUCUUCGCUAUCGACACUACCGGCGACGCCGCAGUCCAAAAAGCGUACAACAAACGCCACAAGCCCCUCAAAGCCGACGAAAUUCUCAACAAGCGCUCCGCUAUCCCUUCCGUAUCCUCCAAAAAGCGAUUUUCAGACUUCACGGAAGAGAAGCGGCGGAAGAAGAGCAAGGUAUCACAGAAGGACUAUGAUAGGCUGAGGUCGAUUGCAUAUGGUGGUGACCAGGUGAAGAAGGAUAUCGUGGAGACAGGCGAUGCGCCGAAUUAUGACCCAUGGGCGGUACAAGAAGUCAAGAAGGACCCCAAAUUUUCAUUCUUGGACGAGAAGAAGCCGAAGGUUGAGCCGGCUACGCUGAAGCAGGCACCGGUGUCACUAGCGAAGUCCGGCAAGGCCAUACCAGCGGUUCGGAAACCAGAAGGCGGAAAGAGUUACAACCCGAACUUCAACGACUGGCAGGCGCUCGUUACAAGAGAAGGUGAUAAGGCCGUAGAAGCCGAGAAGCAACGUCUGCAGGAAGCGCAGGAGGAAGCUGAGCGCAUGGAGCGUGCAAUGGUGGAGUCAGACUCGGAGUCGGACGGGAAUGAGAGCGCCUGGGAGAGCGAGUGGGAAGGUUUCAGCGACGAGGAGAACACGAAACAAAAGCGACCAGAGCGGAAGACGCCCGCACAGCGUAACAAGUUCAAGAGGAAGAAGGCAGCAGAAGGCCAGGUAAAACACGAAGCGCGCAUGAAGGCGAAGGAACAGCAAUUGCGACGCAUCAAGGAGCUUCAGAAGUCUGUUGAAGAGAAAGAGAAAGCGCGAGAAGCGCUCCGCAACAUGACCCUAGUCGAGACUAAGGAGGAGUCUGAUGAUGAAGGCGAGGAAGUGCUCCGCAAGAAGCGCUUUGGAAAGCACUAUGUACCGGAAGCCCCUCUUGAAGUUGUUCUCCCAGACGAGCUAAAGGACUCUCUUCGCCUUCUCAAGCCGGAAGGUAACUUGCUCAAGGACCGCUUCCGCAGCAUGAUGGUCCGUGGUAGAAUUGAGGCGCGCAAGCAAAUUCCUUAUGCGAAGAAAAAGAAGGUCACUGUUACGGAGAAAUGGUCGUACAAGGAUUGGAAGUUGUAG